AUGUUUAACCUGAUUAAGAAAGACAAGGAGAAGGAGAAGGACUUGGGAAAGAAAGACAAGAAAGACAAGAAGGAAAAGAAGGAGCGCAUGUCUCAGGCGGAGCUCAAGAGCCUGGAGGAGAUGAGCAUACGUCGAGGCUUUUUCCACCUCAAUCGAGGGAGCUCUAAGAGGGACACGAGGAGCAAGCUGGAGAUCUCUGGUCCCAUCCCCAUCAAGGUGGCCAGCAGCACAGAGCUCAGCCUGACCGACCUGGAGGCUGAGUGCCUCCACAGCACCCAGCAGGACGUGGGGCAAAUGAGUGCAAGCGUCUCUGGUGAAGAACUUCAGGGAGAUGAGCUGGAGCAUCACCACGGCUCCGUGAAGGAGAGAGCAGCCAAGUUUGGGGAGUUGGCCAAGUUGAAUUCAACGGCGGGCCAGAGGCAAAUGUCUUUUUCCCAGAGGAGCAAAGAGGACAAUGCUUUGGAGGCCUCUGGGUGGAAUUGGAGUACAUCAUCUCUGAGGUCCCACCCCAACUCAAAAAGCAUGGUUCAUAUUCCCGAGAUGGUGGAGAAGACCUUCCCGGGGGCUGACCUACAGUUGCCUGUGCUUGCUGCUCCGCCGAUACCAGAUCCAAGAGAGCUCGAAAUACAGCGGCGCAACACGGGGGACUUUGGCUUCUCUUUGCGGAGGACCACCAUGCUGGACAGGCACCCCGACGGAGGGGUGCGGCGGCACGUGGUGCACUUUGCCGAACCAGGCGCCGGGACCAAGGAUCGGGCCCUGGGCCUGGUGCCAGGAGACAGGCUGGUGGAGAUAAACGGGACCAACGUGGAGAAGAAGAGCAGGGAUGAGAUCGUGGAGAUGAUCCGUCAGUCUGGAGAGUCGGUGCGGCUGAAGGUGCAGCCCAUUCUGGAGCUGAGUGAGCUGAACCGCAGCUGGCUGAGGACAACUCAAGGCCUGCAGAAAGAGGUCUUUGACGGAAAGACCGAGGAGCAGAUAACAGCAGAGAGAGUCUGGUACAACACAGAGAAAGUAUGGCUCGUCCACAAGGAUGGAUUUUCAUUGGCAACUCUCCUGAAGACAGAGGCGGGCAGUCUGCCAGAGGGGAAGGUGAAAAUCCGCCUGGAGAGUGAUGGAUCUUUAUUGGACGUGGAUGAAGACGAUGUGGAGAAGGCAAACCCUCCGAUGUUUGACCGAGUGGAAGACCUGGCCUCUCUGCAGUAUUUGAACGAGUCGAGCGUGAUGCACUCCCUGCGGCAGCGCUACGGCGGCAACCUGGUGCACACCCAUGCUGGGCCCAACAUGGUGGUCGUUAACCCCAUUAGCAACCCCUCCAUGUACUCGGAGAAGGUGAUGCAAAUGUUCAAGGGCUGCAGGAGGGAAGACACCGCCCCUCACAUUUACAGCAUGGCCCAGGCCGCCUAUCGGAACCUGCUGACAACGCGCCAGGAUCAGUCCAUUGUGUUGCUGGGCAAGAGUGGCAGUGGCAAGACCACCAACUGUCAGCACAUCAUCCAAUAUCUGGUCACCGUCACUGGCAGCACCAGCAAAACCUUUUCCACGGAGAAGUGGCAGGCAGUCUACACAGUUUUGGAAGCGUUUGGAAAUGCCUCGACGUGUAUGAAUGGGAAUGCGAGUCGCUUCUCUCACAUUGUUUCCUUGGACUUUGACCAGGCGGGCCUGGUGACCUCAGCCUCUAUCCAGACGAUGCUUCUGGAGAAGAUGAGGGUGACAAGGAGACCAGAGGGAGAAUCCACUUUCAACGUCUUCUACUAUCUGAUGGCCGGAGUCGACAGCUCUCUGAGGACCGAGCUGCACCUCAACCACUUUGCUGAAAACAAUGCAUUUGGAAUCAUGCCUCAGACAAAGACUGAGGACAAGCAGCGGGCCUCGCAGCAGUUCUCCAAGCUGCAGGCAGCCAUGAAGGUCCUGGGGAUCAGCGGCGACGAGCAGAGGGCCUUCUGGCUCGUCCUCGGGGCCAUUUGCCAUCUCGGAGCUGCAGGAGCCACCAAGGCUGGCAGGAGACAAUUUGCACGUCACGAGUGGGCCCAGAAGGCGGCCUACCUGCUGGGCUGCACCCUGGAGGAGCUCUCCUCCUCCAUCUUCAAGCACCAGGCCAAGGGCACCCUGCCCAGAGCCAGCGCCGCCCGCCAGGCUUCUGACGAAAACGGCACAGCGGAUGCAGGAUCCAAGGCUACAGCCAUGGAGUGUUUGGAGGCUCUGGCAUCUGGGCUUUACUCCGAACUCUUCACUAUCCUCAUUUCUCUAAUAAACCGGGCCUUGAAAUGCAGCCAGAACUCCCUGUGCUCUCUGCUCAUUGUGGACACGCCAGGCUUUCAGAACCCCCGGCUGGCGAAGCGGGAGUGCGGCGCCACCUUUGAGGACCUCUGUCACAACUACACUCAAGAACGUCUGCAAGCUCUCUUCUACCAACGCACCUUCGUCCAGGAGCUGGAGAGAUACAAGGAGGAGAACAUAGAGCUGGCUUUGGAUGACAUGGAGCCCAGCACAUCUCUCUCUGUAUCAGUGGUCGAUCAAGCCUCCAGCCAAGCAAUGGUACGGACUGUUCGAACAGACGAGGCGCGUGGCCUGCUGUGGCUGAUGGAGGAGGAGGCGGUGCAGCCCGGGGGAUCAGAGGAGACGCUGCUGGGACGUCUCUUUAGCUACUAUGGACCUGCUGAGGGGGAGAGUAAAGGUCACACUUUCCUCUUGAAGAGCGAGAAGGACAACCAUUUCCUGCUGGGGCACAGCCAUGGGACCGACUGGGUGGAGUACAACGUCUGCGGGUGGCUCAACUACGCCAAACAGAAUCCUGCCUCGACCAACGCCACCAGCCUCCUGCAGGACUCCCAGAAGAAGAUCAUCAACUCGCUGGUCAUGGGUCGAUCAGGUGGAGCCACUGUUUUGUCCGGUUCCAUCGCCGGCCUCGAGGGUGUUUCCCAGCUGUCCUUGCGACGGGCCACCAGCAUGAGAAAGACCUUCACCACAGGGGUGGCUGCGAUCAAGAAGAAGUCCUUGUGCAUCCAGAUAAAGCUUCAAGUGGAUGCUCUUCUUGACAUGGUGCGGAGGUCCAGGAUUCACUUUGUUCACUGCAUAUUGCCCAAGGCCGAUGCCCUGAAGGCUCUGAGCGGAUCCCUGUACAAAGCAGGGGAAAGUGAGGCUCAAGGAGAGAGUGGAGAUCCGGGCCUAAUGCAGCUCGAUGUGGCCUUGCUGCGCGCUCAGCUGCGCGGCUCCAAGCUGCUUGAUUCUCUCCGGAUCUACAGGCAAGGUUACCCGGACCACAUGGUGUUCUCCGAGUUCCGGCGGCGAUUCGACGUGCUGGCGCCACACCUCACCAAGAAGCACGGCAGAAAUUACAUAGUGAAGGACGAGAGGAGAGCUGUGGAGGAGCUCCUCGAGUCCUUGGAUUUGGAGAAGAGCAGCUACCACAUGGGUCUGAGCAGGUUGUUCUUCAGAGCUGGCACUCUGGCUAAGCUGGAGGAGCAGAGGGAUGAGCAGACCAAGCGCAAUCUGACCCUGUUCCAAGCCUCCUGUAGAGGCUACCUGGCACGGCAGGCCUUCAAGAAGAGAAAGGUUCAGGAUCUAGCAAUCCGCUGCAUCCAGAAAAACAUCCAGAAGAACCGUGGUGUGAAGCACUGGCCCUGGUGGAAGCUCUUCACCACAGUCCAGCCGCUUAUUAAGGUCCAGCUCACCGAGGAGCAGAUGCGAGGCAAAGACGAGGAGAUGCAGCUGCAGAAGUCCAAGCUCGAGAGGGUGGAGAAAGAGCGAAAUGAGCUGAGGCUGAACACGGAUCGAUUGGAGAGCAGGAUUGCAGACUUGUCGGCGGAGCUGGCAGAUGAGAGGAGCACGAGUGAGUCGGCAUCGCAGUUGCUGGAGACGGAGACUUCAGAGAGACUCCACCUGGAGAAGGACAUGAAGGAUCUGCAGGCCAAGUUUGAUGCCAUGAAGAAGCAAUUAGAGUCGCAGGAAAUGGAGGUGAUGGAAGCUCGACUUAUGAAGGCGGCCGAUCUCAACGGGGAGAUGGACAGCGACGAUGAUGCUGGAGGCGAGUGGCAGAUAAAGUACAACAGAGCCAUUCGGGAAAUGGAGUUCACCAAGAAGAAACUCCAGCAGGAGUUUGAUGACAAGCUGGAGACGGAGCAGCAGAGCAAGAGACAUGCUGAGAGGAGGUUGGCUGAUCUGCAGACAGAUAAUGAGGAUGUGCAGCGCUCUGUGCAGCAGCUGAAGAAGAAGUGCCAGAAACUGACGGCGGAGCUGCAGGAUACCAAGCUUCACCUGGAGGGACUGCACAGCCGCAACCAUGACCUGGAGAAGAAGCAGAGGAAGUUUGACAUGGAGCAGAACCAGUCCCAGGCUGAGGUACAAAGAGAAAGGAGCCACAGGGAGAAACUGGCUCGAGAGAAAGACAUAAUGACUGGUGAGAUGUUUAACCUCGGCCAGCAGCUGCAGGACAAGGACGUCGAGUUGUGCGCCACAAAUAUGAAGGUGCAGCAGCUGGAGGCUGAGCUUCAGGACGUGUCCUCCCAGGAGUCCAAGGAAGAAGCCUCUCUGUCCAAGGUCAAGAAGCAGCUUCGCGACCUUGAGGCAAAGAUGAAAGACCAGGAGGAGGAGCUGGAUGAACAGGCUGGAAGCAUCCAGAUGCUGGAGCAGGCAAAGCUGCGGCUGGAGAUGGAGAUGGAGAGACAGCGGCAGACCCACUCCAAAGACAUCGAGAGUAAGGACGAAGAAGUGGAUGAGAUCAGACGAUCCUGCAGUAAGAAGCUGAAACAGAUGGAGGUGCAGCUGGAGGAGGAGUACGAAGACAAGCAGAAAGUGCUGCGCGAGAGACGAGAGCUGGAGUCCAAACUGCUCACCGCCCAGGACCAGGUGAGCCAGAGGGAUGUGGAGACUGAGAAGAGGCUUAGGAAAGACCUGAAGAGAACCAAAGUCCUUCUGGCUGAUGCACAGAUUAUGUUGGACCACCUGAAGAGCAACGCCCCGAGCAAGAGAGAGAUCGCCCAGAUCAAAAAUCAACUGGAGGAGUCAGAGUUCACGUGCGCGGCGGCGGUGAAGGCUCGAAAGAGCAUGGAGCUGGAAAUAGAGGACCUGCACAUCCAAAUGGAGGAUGUGGUCAAAUCUAAGAUGUCGCUGGAGGAGCAGCUCAGCCGGCUGCAGAGAGAGAAGAACGACCUGCAGUCUCGCAUGGAGGAGGAUCAGGAGGACAUGAAUGAGCUGAUGAAAAAACACAAGUCUUCAGUCGCCCAGUCUGCCAGGGACUUGAGCCAGAUCACUGACCUGCAGGCACAGCUGGAAGAGGCCACCAAGGAGAAGCAGGAGAUCCAGGAGAAGCUUCACUCCGUGCAGAGCCAGCUCGAGUUCCAAGAGCAGUCCAUGGUGGAGAAGUCCCUGGUGAGCCGCCAGGAGGCCAAGAUCCGUGAGCUGGAGACCAAGCUGGAGUACGAGAGGACACAGAUCAAACGCCUGGAGAGCCUGACGGGUCGUCUGAAGGAGAACCUCGAAAAGAUGUCGGAGGAGAGAACCCAGUACGUCGCUGCGGAAAACAGGGAGAAGGAGCAGAACAAGCGAAUGCAGCGGCAGGUGCGGGACAUGAAGGAGGAAACAGCCGAGCUGUCCAAGAAGGAGAGCGAGGCGAGCCGGAAGAAGCACGAGCUGGAAAUGGACAUCGAGAGCUUGGAGGCGGCGAAUCAGAGCUUACAAGUGGACCUUAAGCUGGCCUUCAAGAGGAUAGGCGACCUGCAGGCUGCGAUCGAGGACGAGAUGGAGAGCGAUGACAAUGACGACUUAGUCAACAGUUUGCAAGACAUGGUGACAAAAUAUCAGAAAAGAAAGAACAAAACCGGGGAUGAGACAGACACCGAUUCAGAGGUGGAGGACCGUGUGGAUGGAGUUAAGUCUUGGCUUUCGAAGAACAAAGGCUCCACCAAGACUCUGUCAGACGAGGGAAGCCUGAAAAGCACCAGCCCUCCCGUGUACCGGAGACACCUGGGCGCUGGCAGAUCGGAUGAAGAAGAGGAGGCAGACAGAGGCUCCAGCAGGCAGUCACUGGGGCAGAGAGACAGUGAUGGCUUAUUGGCAGAGAGCGCCACGUAACCCGGAGGCGGGCGACCUUGUGCUCUUGGUGGCGCUGAACGCAGAGGAGGGACCGCCGCUGCUUCCCAGCUGCCAAGGACAAAAGCAAACGCACCGUAAA